ACACACAUCAUCCUCGCGCACACACCCAACGCACACUCGGAGGAAAACGACGCACCGAAAGACGCACGAAGGUCAGCGGCGUUUUACUCCGAUUCUGCGCUUUUUUUUUUCUUCUCAACGGCUGGAGACAGAAAAAAGUUUCCACAAAGAGAAGAAGAGUGGCGCGGUGUGAGCUCGCAGCGACACUCAGACGGUCUUUGGAGGCUUUUUGUUUGGAGAUAACUGUUCUGAACCUGCACUUUUUGAUUUUUACGCACGUUGCUUCUCGUUGGGGAUCCCUUCCUUCUCUGCGGGCUUUUUCUUUUUUUAUUGCACAGACUGUCACCCGGGCUUUGUGUUGAUAAAGAAGAAAGAAAGAAAACCAAAGGGGGCCAAAAACUCACCAGGUAUGGCGGCGGUGUUGCCGAGAACCCUGGGUGAGCUGCAGCUCUACCGGAUCCUGCAGCGGGCGAACCUUCUCUACUACUACGAGGCCUUUAUCCAGCAGGGCGGUGACGACGUGCAGCAGCUGUGCGAGGCCGGCGAGGAGGAGUUCCUGGAGAUCAUGGCCCUCGUCGGCAUGGCCAGCAAGCCGCUGCACGUUCGCCGCCUGCAGAAGGCGCUCCGGGACUGGGUCACCAACCCGGCCAUCUUCAACCAGCCGCUAACAUCGCUGCCUGUCUGCAGCAUCCCCGUCUACAAACUCCCAGAGGGCUCACCGACACUGCUCAGCGGACAGGACAGAGCCAACACCGCUAGUGUCAAGAUUCCCAAAGCAGUCGCCGCCGCCUGCUCUGAUCCAGGGAAGCUGGACGUGGCACGGGACAAAGUAUCAGCAGGGUCGCCUCUGCAGGGCAGCAGCGAGGCUCGCUUCUGGUCGGGCCAUAGCAACGACAGCGAGCACAGCCUGUCUCCAUCAGACCUCGGCUCUCCGUCCUCACCCAGAGACGCGUUAGAGGCUCUAGACGCGGCUGCUGUCCAGUCGGUCCUGGAGUGUGUGGACCGGAUGGCACCAGGACUUCCUAAGACAGACGUGGCUGAGGUCAAAGAGCAGCUGAAGAACAACAAGAAACUGGCAAAGAUGAUCGGACACAUUUUUGACAUGAGCGACGAUGACCCACGCAGGGAGGAGGAGAUCAGAAAAUACAGCGCCAUCUAUGGACGCUUUGACUCCAAGAGGAGGGACGGCAAACACCUAACGCUGCACGAGCUGACGGUGAACGAGGCAGCGGCUCAGCUCUGUAUGAGGGACAUGGCUCUGCUCACACGUCGAGACGAGCUGUUUGGACUCGCCCGCCAGAUUUCCAGAGAGGUCACCUACAAAUACACCUACCGCACUAGCAAGUCUCGCUGUGGAGACAGAGACGAGCCAUCACCUAAAAGGAUUAAAACAGAGGAGAACUUCUUCGACAUUCAGGAGGCGCUGCAGGCGAUCCACAUGAGGCAGGAGAUGCUGAGGGAGCAGCUGGCCUGCGCCAAGUCGAAAGGAGAAGAGACCGUGGGGCGAAAUCUGCAGAUGCAGCUCGAACGCCUGCUCGCCCGGCAGAUGGAGAUCCUGCAGGACGCCGCUGUCCAAGAGCGGCUACAGGCUCUGGACUGGAGGAUUCCUCCUGCUGCCCUAAAGUACCUCAACGACGCCCAGAACACCAACGGAGCUGCCGCCGAUCCAAGCAGAGACAACCAAGACGAACGGCCGAUCAACUUGCGGGUUGUAAGUCAGAACAUGCAGGAAGGCGACCUCCCAUUAGGCAAGCAGCUAGCCAACGAAUUGAAGCGCCAUCACAACCACAACAACAACAGCAACAACACAGAUGAGACCAAAACACCAGCAACAGAAAACGGGACAUCACAGCGAGCGCCCAACAACACAGAGAAGAAAACCAUCAAAUCAGAGCCGGAAGACUCCACAUAGUGCCUUCCGCCUCGCCCCCACCACCACCACCUUCAUCCCCUCGAGUCCCCAACCCUCAGAUCAUUCUACUUACUCUUGACAGUAUGCAGUUAUCCAUCAAUAGAUACUAAGCAAGCACAGCCACAGUAGAGCCUUAACAACCAAUGUUGCCUCAUGAAUAGCAUUUAUUUUUCUUUGAUCUCGUCUUUUUUUGUUUCAAAGUUAUUUGCCAAAGCACCUAGAGAGCAUGCCGAGAAGCCCCUCAGUGCUCUGCAGGUCUUUGUCUGUUGAUUAAUUGUAUAUGUUAGAUGUACAUGUAAUUUAAGAGUGAUCUGUUGCAGACAUGUGUAUACUCUUUACCUCUGCCUGGGUGUUUUUUCUGUUGCUUCCUGUGAUGCCGGGGCUGAGUCUUGACUCAAAUGUUUAUUCAGAGACAAGACCAAAAAUUCAAAUCUUUCCUUGGCUGCUGGUAAAAUAUUUACAUUAUCUGGUGAUGGCGAGAGCUUCACUGGGGUGUAGACUGAAAUACUGUUUAAUGGACUGCUUAAUAAAUGCACCUCAGAAGAUAAAUCCUAAAUGCUUCAGUGUAUAGGAUGUUUUUGAUUUAGUGUUACUUUGAGGCAAAUCCCUCAUGGAAUAUAUCAAUCUAAACAUCAACUUUCAGACAUUGGCUUUGAGUAAAAUAUCUCAAAACUGUGGAUAACAUUCAGACAAAAUCUUUAUUAUGAAGUGGUGAUAAUUUAAUGUGGAACCAGGGUCAUGAAAAGGUUAAAACUAGGGUAGAAAUAUGUGAUAAAGGUCUGAAAUUACACAUUGAAAUCAUCCUAGUUAUGCUAGGGCAGCAGAGCUGCAACUAGAUGAUACUCUUUGUAGCGUCUUUCUGCUUCCACUUAGCCAUUUUUGCAUGCUAAGGCCAAUUUCAUUACUUUUGAUCGACCAGAAUUCCCCAUAAUUUUCAGAAUAAAAGCAGGUUUUUUUACCCAAACAUGAUGUAAAGCAUUCCUAUCUUGAUACUAAUUUACAAGUUUCAAAAUAAAAGCAUAAAAAGAACAGUUUGUUGAGAAAAUAUAUUAACCUUAACAGAGUUAUUGCCAUUUUGAAAACUGAUUAAUCAUAGUUAACUACUGAUAUUUAACAUUAAUUGCAGUUUUCAAACCAUAGAUCAGUUGACAGCCCUUGUUAGAGCAAACAUCCAAAGUGUUAACUAAUCUGGGGAUUUACGCGUAACAGUUCAAUCUGAAAAUUCUCCACAUACUUAUGAUUUUACAAUAUUUUACUUCUAAUAUAAGAAGAUCCUUACACUUACCAGCAAUAGCCAGCCCUUCUUUCCAUCCUCUCUUGUCUUCUGAGCCUUCAUUUCUCUCCCAAACUGAACUGAUGUGUCUACAUUUGUACUGUAACUAAAACAAAGGUGUCCAAGUACUGUAGGGAGAAUGAGUUAAGAUUCAGCCCCAGUUAGAAGUUUUUUUUUUUGUCAUUUACUCCAAAUGGGGAAACAGAAGAGGUUGGAUGAAUCCCCCCUUCCUCGCUCUUGUCUUGUGUAUAUUUAUGGGAGGUAAUAUUAAAGGAGGAUGUAUACGAGCUGUUGUGGAGGAACAGCAGGGGACCUCUGUCAUUCGUCUUGGCAGGAUGGCUGGGCUGGCAUGCCGGAGGCCGAGCUAAUUGGUUCAUUUCACUUUGUAAUUUAGCAAAACACUGCUGCUGCUGAAGUGAAACCACGCAUCUGCAAUGGGGAGUAUUUCAGGAAUAAAGCCUGUGUAUUUUUAAGAAACCAUCCAGCCGGCUUUCCGCAGACCCCACAGGUUGUAAAUCCACUUUUUGACUCAAGACAGGAUUAAAUAUUAAAGAUUGCAGGCAUGUGGUUUUACAACAACAGCAGCAAAAAAAGCUGAAUUCUUGUUCCUCGCUGUUCUUGGCGGAGCAGCAGCCCGGGGUUUGUAAAUAGUUCUGUGAUAACAAAUAGUGCUAGCCUAAUCUCUCAACCAGGGUUUUCCUUUGUCAAGUGUAACUCUGCUGUAGAUUUUUUGGUGUCAAUACAGUGUUUAUGUACGUAGAGCAAAAAAGAAAAAAGAAACUUUAAGUGUCACUGAGGAAAAAAUACAACCGUGUGAAAGUGUCUGGUAUAUAAAAACAUGCUUUACAUGAUGAAAAUGUUGAUUAGCCUUAGCUCUUAACAGUGUUUAAUCCACAUGUGAUGGCCAUCAGUGCAUAUUUCAAAGAUGUGUUCUUGCUGUUAAAUACAUAAAUAAGUGUUCACUGUGUUUUUAUGUGUAAAUACGUCUGUUUGGUCUGAGAUGAUGAUAAUAAUAAUGUCCAGACGACUUGGUCUAACUGUCCUCUCCCCCUCUCCCCUGCAGAUAGUUUAGUCUCACUCAGCGUAAUGACAGACCAAUGCAAUAUUUAUGUAAGUAAUAAGUCUAUUUGCAUACUAUAUGGAUCCUUCAUUCUGUUCUGUGCUCAGUAACUGUAUGUCUGUCAUGGAUUCAGGACGGGAUUUCACCCACGACUAAGAAAUACUUGUGUUGUCUCACUUUGAGUGUGCAGGGCCAGGUUCUUUUCUUUUAAAAAAGUCAUGCUGUGGUUUAUUUUCAAGAGGAAUCUAGGGCCGGGCAAUAUCGACCAAAAAUUACAUCAUUUAUAUUUUUAAAUGAAUGAUGCAUGAGAUAUAUAUGGAUAGUUUUGGUUGAUUCUAGUAAAAUUCAAACCGCAUUGAAACCUAUUUGACACCAAGGCAACAAAAAAGAAGUCAAAAAUUGUAGAAAACUUCUGCAACAGUCUAGAUUGCACAAAUAUAUUCAACACUUCUGUAUUUUCAAGUUGUCAAAAUCUUCUUCACUCUUAAACACCAUGUGUUUGAUCAAACCUUUAUUGUAUAAAUGAUGAAAAAGUACAAAAGCUUGGGCACUUUCUGAGUUGCACAAAUAUGUUGGCAACAUUUGGAAAAGGAGCAUUUAUAUUACUAGUACCUGUUUUAUUCCACAGCAACAAAACAAAGCCUAGACACCCAAUAUUUAGACAUUUGUUGCAUUCGAUUUUCAGAGGUUGCAGGCAAACUCCAGCACAUUGUCUUGAUUGCACAAUUAUGUUGGCAACAUUUGAAAGAGUGGUCUGAAGUGGUGAGGAGCAAGAGUUUCUCUCCAUGGAUCUUUAUUAAAUGGAGAUUUACUCAGUUUGAAACAUAUUGUAUUUACUUGUGUUGAACAUCUUGAUAUCCUGUCAACCUAUUUGUGCAAUUUAGAGACUCUGCAGAGGUUUGCUUGCAAAUUCUGAAAAUUGUUUUAAUGAUUGUUGGUAUCAAAAAGUACCAAAGCUUCAUGAUCUUCAGUUGUAUUUUUAACCAAAAGACACAGAGAGAAAUAGCAAUGUCUGAAUAGCGCAAAUGUGUUGGCAACAUUUGGCAAUGGAGCAUUUAUAUAACUAGUACCUAUUUUAUUGCACAGCAACAAGACAAGGCCUAGACACCCAAUAUUUUGGAAAUUCGUUUUUUUUCAUUGUCAGAAGUUGCAGGCAAACUCUAGCACAUUGUCUUAAUUGCACAAAUAGGUCGGCAACAUUUGAAAGAGUGGUCUGAAGUGGUGAGGAACAUGGACUUUUAUAAAAUUGAGAUUUGAUCAGUGUGAAACAUAUGCUAUUUACUUGUGAUGAACAUUUUGAAAGCCUCAAUUCAAAAAUGUUGUCAACCUAUUUGUGCAAUUUAGUCUGUAUGCAGAGGUUUGCCUGCAAGUUCAGAAAAUUAUUUUAAUGAUUGUUGGGAUCAAAAAGAACCAAAGUUUCUCGAUCUUAAGUUGUAUUUUUUAACUAAAAGGCACAGAGAGAAAAACCACUGUCUGAGUUGCACAAAUAAGUUGGCAACAUUUUGAAAAAGAUCAUUUAUAUUACAGUACAAAUCAGAAUAUAUUGACAAUAACCAUGUCAGCAAAAAAAGAGAAGUUCUAAAAACGUAGUGUUGUGCAAUUGAUUAUAUUUGAUGAACAAAAAUUACAGGCAAACUCCUGCACAAUGUCAGAAUUGUGCAAUUACAUUGGCAUCUGGGAAGACUAAGGGUUUCACUCCACAGAUCAUUAAAAUAAUGGAGAUUUGAACAAUUUUGAACGCUGGGUGUUUGAGUGUAGAAGUUACUGACAGUCCCGAUAUACUUAAGUUGCCAACAUAUUUGUGCAAUUUAAAGUAUGUGCAAAAGUUUGCCGAUAAGUUUGACAGUUUUGAAUUAAUGAAAUAGAUAAAUUAAUAUUUAAUACAGGGUGUAUGGGACGUCUACUUUUCUUGCUCUGGUAUCUGUAUCAUUUGACUUUUUCUAAUGAAUAUGAAUGCUCAUUAAUACAUUUAAAUGAAAACUCACUAUAUUGCCCAGCCCUAUUAGAAACUAGCAAAGAUUUUGAGUUGUUUAAAACAAGUUUAAUGGUGCAUUCUGGGAGAAAAAGCCAUGGAGGUUCGAGGACAAAAGUGUCUCUGUCCUGAUUGGCUCAAACACCGGCCCAGUUAGCGUGACUGUUGUACGAUGUUUCUGAGAAAAACGCAUGUGUGGCGUACCGUCUCACCGAUCACUGUUCUCACUGUUUAUUGUAAAGUGAUAGAUUAGGCUUCACCUAGUUAUGCACCUGUUUUUUAAACACUAAUAUAUUUUAUUUGUU